CUACUGGUUCGGUGCACAACUGCGUUCACGAACAGUCCUCAGAAGAGUUCCAAGCGCAAGGAAUCGUUGACGCUGAAAGAACGGCUGCAGCACGUACGACGUCGGUUGCUGGACCCGGACGGUGGCAGCUUUUGGUCGUCAUCGUCGUCUUCAGCAACAGCCGCUGACGACCAUUGCGAAAAGGCAACAACGUCUUCGUCGAGAGGCAGGUUCUGGAGAAAAAGGUUCGGUUGUGGCAGUGGAGAUGCGCCGGGAUCUCGUUACGGAUCGGCAUCGGCCGAAAGCGCUGCUACGAAGGACAAGAAAAGCCCAUCGUCACGGAACCGUCGCAUCCUUCGAAGCUUCAGCGAUUUCGAUCUGCACUCAUUUUUGUACACGAACCCGUCAUCGUCAUCGGUGGCGGUUGUCUUGCCGUCGACCACCACGCUUUCUGCUGUCGCCUCGCCUGGAAACGGUAACGGUUCGUGCCCAACAGAUGCUGUGGCGGCGGUUGCGAAUGACAUCGAACCGCAUCGAAUGCAAGAACUGUUGUGGAGGGAGUGCAAUAGCACGUCCUCGAUCGAUACGAUCGCGGCGAUGGCGACGACUUUAGGGCAAGACAACGAAGAAAAUUUUGUUGUAGCCAGUAGCAGCACUUGUAGCCGUUGCCGUCGUUCAAAACAGAAUUCGAUCGACAACGAAGAAGAGCAAGCAGGAGGAGAAGAAGAUGAAGAAGAUGAUGAUGACGACGAAGACGACGAAGGUUUAGCUGCUGAAUACAACGUCGUCGACGAGGUUGAACCUGUCGUCGAACAGCGACCACACUGUCGACGUUCUGACCAGCCGGAGGAAGGGCAUCGAGCAAUCACCUCUGUCACCGCCAUCGACCACGAUAAGUUUCAUCUCUUAGAAAAAGUCUUGCCCGGUGAUGAGCAACAGUUGUUGCCGCCACGGCAGCAGCAGCCAUCGCCAGCGUCGAAGCAGCAACAGCAGCAGCAGCGUUUCCUCUGUUCCUCGUCACCCGCGUCUUCUUGUUCCUCGUCGUCGUCCUCAGCCGCUUCCGCGUCUGUCGCCCCUGCCGCUGCCGCUGCCGCUGCCGUCUGUUCUUCGCCGUCGUCGUCAUCCAAAAAGCCGUCAAGGAUCUUAAAGCGUUCGAAGGCCGUCGACCUGACCUGCAUCGAAGGUACCACGGUAGUCGCCAAUCCGCCGCCGAAUCCGUCCACAGUGCGAGUUCGUUCCUCGUCCGCCGAACAGCAGCAGGUGGAUAUGUUUUCCUACCGCACCGCAGAUUCAUUAUCCGGCUCUGAUCAGGCAAUCUCCGAGUUUUUCAAAAACGGUGGCCUCGGAUCGUAA